UCGCCCGCAAUAGCCUGGUCUCUCCAUCCCACUGACACGACGGCAGGAAUGGGCUCGGCGGUCAGGUUAUCGUUGCUCGGCGUCCUGCUGUGCGUGCAGGUCGGCAGGGCUCCUGCCCGCAGCCCCCGCACGGCGGACCAGGUGUCCGAGGCCGACAUCCAGCGCCUGCUGCACGGCGUCAUGGAGCAGCUGGGCAUCGCUCGGCCCAGGGUGGAGUAUCCCGCUCACCAAGCCACCAACAUCGUCGGGCCUCAGAGUAUACAGGGGGGUGCUCAUGAAGGGCUGCAGCAUCUGGGCCCCUACGGGAACAUCCCUAACAUUGUGGCUGAGCUGACAGGUGACAACGUCCCAAAAGACUUCAGUGAGGAUCACGGCUACCCAGACCCUCCAAACCCCUGUCCCCUGGGGAAGACAGCUGCAGAUGGAUGUUUGGAAAAUGCCCCGGACACAGCUGAGUUCAGCAGAGAGUUCCAGAAACACCAGCAUCUGUUUGACCCAGAGCACGACUACCCAGCGCUGGCAAAGUGGAACAAGGAGCUUUUGUACCAGAAAUUGAAGGGUGGACCAAAAAGAAGAAAAAGGAGUGUCAACCCUUAUUUAAUGGGCCAGAGGCUGGACAAUGUGGUUGCCAAGAAAUCUGUCCCACACUUCCCUGAGGAUGAAGAGGAAGAGGCCCCGACCACCUCUGUCACCCAGAAAUCCACACCCUGAACUCCUGCACCCACAAUGUUCUCUUUAAUAUCAAAGUAUAUCUAAAACUGUAUCAUAACUAGCUGUAUAGUCCUACUGCUUGGGAAGAUUGUUAAAUCCAAAACUGUUUGCCUACUCUUCAGUGUACAGAGAUUGAGGUCCAAACAAAGUUAUAUUUAAUGUUUGUAUACUUUGAUAUGACCAAUUCAAACUCUCUGUGUCUUGUGGCAAGGAUUUAAAGGUAAAUCUUAUACUUAGAAGCUAAGUUUAAACUGUUGUCGCUUUGCUUUUGUUAUGUUGGAGAAGGUUGGCUUUUUGUGCAGAAUUGUCCCCUGCUAAUUUACUGGAUGUAAACUACUUGUCUGUUGCAUGGCAGACACAUAGAGCUUAACACACUUAUUCUGGUCAGCAUCUAAUUCAGUAAACUGUGCCGCAUUAAGGAGGAUAUCUACCGAAAAUUUCCUAGGGUCGCUUUGCCUUGCCAGAAUGGUUGCGAUGUAUUUUUUAUUUGAUUUUAGUUGACUCAAAUAAACGAUUUACCUGCAA